UUAGAUGUUUGUAUUCCAAUAGCUCUCUUGCGAAUAUUUAGUUCUGCCUUGUUCGAGAGAUUCGUGGCGCCGCUUUCUUGCACCCUGCUUAUCAGUUGUUCGGCAUGGGCUCGCGCGCGUAUCGAAUAUAGAUAGCCACGCGGGCCUCUGCCAUACUCUUUAUAUCUCACCCUUCAGUAGAUGAUUCCAAAAGAGCCUUUCCUAGAUGACGACAUAAAUAAAUACCCUCGUUUUAUUCUCUCGGCGCACCAUUUCAAGAUCUCGUCAUCGGCAGAAUCUUUCCUCGAGGUAAAUACCCAGCCCCCACUGGCUCGGAGUACUCUUCGCAGACUUUCUCGGGAGCCAUAUUACCACUCAAAUAUUGGAGCCUCCAGAUCGACGUCUUCUAUCCUGCUGUCAUAUGCUCGCCCUUCCGACAUUUUUGAUUACCGGUACUUUGACCAGCUUUAUCUGGAAGAUCAUGAAGAUGUCUUGGUGUUUGAUAGCGAUUCUGACUACGGCGAUUCUGACUACCCAGACCCAAACCAUUGCGGUACAUGCGAAAUAGAUUUAUUUGGCAAAACCCCCGUAAGACACACGGCAACCCUCAGAUUUAAAAGCAAGAUUGAACAUGGAAAGAAGCUCGCUCAUUCAAAUGAAAUUUCAGAAUUGGGGGAUCAUCUUGUCCAUAUGCUCACGUUCAAAGUAAACUCACGGGCACAAUACACCAAACCACCCCGCUUCUGGCUCUCACCGUCAUCUGAUUAUUUCGACCAGCCCCAACCUCGAGCCGAUUUGAACUUUCCUACAACAUCCCACCAUCCCAGAGUCGCUAUCCCUCAAUGUGAAUCUACAUUUGUUGACUCAUUUCUCCCACCGGCUCAAGAAGACAUGAGUAAUAACAUGAAUUCAUCCGUCGGUUCGAAAGAAAAAGUAGAUAUGCCGCUAGCGAAACAAAUGCUUGCAAGCGAUGCUUAUGUAACUGAUCACAAACCAAGCACUCUGCGUGACGAUUUUGGAGUCGCUACCCCUAUUUUUAUCAUCUGAUUUAUGUUUCAUUUCAGUUGACGUCUUUUUAGUUCUGAAUGUCUGCAUAUA